AUUCGCAAAUAGCGCCAUCUACAUAAUAUGAUAUCUAGAUAGUUUACCGUCUCUCGUUCUCACAAUACGUCAAAAAUCGUUUUAUAAUAUAUUUAUAAUCAUUUAAAAACUUAAUUCUGGAUUAUAUAAAACAUAUAUAUUUGUAGAGAGUAUAGUGUGUAUAGUCUUUUUUCUCACUAUUUUCUCUCAAUGCAAUAGUGACGUGCUAUUUACGUGCUAUUCGUCAGGAAAGAUGGAAGAUGUUUUAACUGAUGUUGUUUCUUCUGAAGAUUUAAAGAAAUUUGAAACCGUGUAUCAUGAGCAGUUACGUGCGCAAUAUGUUACGCCAAAAGCACAAUUUGAAUAUUCCUGGUGCCUUGUACGAAGCAAAUAUUCUGCCGAUAUUAGAAAAGGAAUAUUAUUAUUAGAAGACCUUUAUAGUAAUCACGAUACAGAAAAACGUGAUUGCCUGUAUUAUUUAGCCAUUGGAAAUGCCAGAAUAAAGGAGUAUUCAAAAGCACUGUCAUAUGUAAGGGCAUUCCUUCAGAUUGAACCUGCAAAUGUGCAAGUACAACAGCUGGAAACAGUGAUAAAAAAGAAGAUGGAAAAAGAGGGCCUUGUGGGUAUGGCUGUCGCGGGAGGUGUUAUUAUUGGUAUUGCAAGUAUUCUGGGCCUGGGCAUUGCAAUGGCCAAAAAAAAUUAGUUAUUUGUCAGAGAAAAGUGUUUAUAAUCCAAUUAUGUGAUGUAGCUUAUUCGCACAAAGCAAUAUACAUUGUCUUGUAAUUGCUAUGUGAGACACAGACUAGUCUCGAAGAGAAAAAGACAAAUGUACUAGAUCUUUACCAAAUCCAAAGAUUAUGCAAUUUGUAACAUCAUUUUUUUAUUAACCAAAUAUCACUUUUCUAUUAACUAAAAAAGUAGAACAAAGAGAGAAAAACAGGAAAAAAAUACUUAUUAAGUCGUAUACAGUGUAAUUGCUUAUUUAAUGAUUUGUUUAAUUAUUCCAAAUAAAUAUAUUUGCGCAAUAGCGCAAAAUGUAA